GGGCAUGGACAGAGAGCAGAGGUCAGGAGUGAAGGAGGCCCCUUACCAGGGCUUAGGCACAAACUGAGAGCUGGAGACCCAGGAGAAUCACGGGUUAGGGUGUGGGCCACAGUAAGCUGCAUAAGAGGUGGAGGCAGCCAGCAGGUACCUCAGGUUGGAGAGUCCCCAGGGAGCCAGAGCCAAGAAAACUUGGGGCAGCACCAUUUCAGAGUCACAUCUUAUAGGCCUGAAGGGCAGAGAUAGGAGUGGAUAGUGAGCUGGGCUGAUGUUAUUGUAAGAUCUUUGGACCUGAAGUGGCCACAGAUAUCCCACCCCACCUGCAGCUCCAGCCUGGGAGGACAAGGAGAAUUACUUGUGUCCCAGACCGAGGGACCAUGACUAGGUCCUGGGGGUCCUGCUUGCUUCUGUUCACCAUUUUCGGGGCCCUGGUGGCCAGCACAGACCUAAACAAGAAUAAAGCAAAGGUGUUGAGGGAAUUAAAAGUAAUCAAUGCCUCAAAUGCCAACGUGAAGCAGUGCCUGUGGUUUGCCAUGCAAGAAUACAACAAAGAGAGUGAGGAUAAGUACCUCUUCCAAGUGGUCAAGACAAUACAAGUCCAGAUGCAGGUCACAGAUCAUUUGGAAUACUUUAUUGAUGUUGAAAUUGCCCGCAGCAAUUGCAGAAAGUUUUCAAACAGUAGUGAAAACUGUGUCAUUCAAGAGAGCUCUAAACUGGAAAAGAAAGUAAUAUGCAGUUUUUUGGUCGGAGCACUCCCCUGGAAUGGUGAAUUCAUCAUGAUGAAGAAGCAGUGUGUGGAUGCUUAGGGGGUUCUGGAGUACUCCCCCUCCCCAUCAUCGCCACCUUUCUCUGUGAAGAGAUAAAUGGCUCAUGCUGGUGUUACCAAUGUGGUUUCCCCAUGCAUGCCUCUCUGCUUA